UCCCGCCGCGAGCCGCCCAGGGCGGCGGCCUGCAGCUGCACCGGUCGCGGGACAGAUGCAAGUAGCUGGGGAGAGGGGUGUUUUUGGUCCCAUUGAGAUGUCAGGCAGGGCACAGGAGGAAAAUACAUCCGCGAGUGAGCGCUGGGCCAACAAUACCCAGAACCACCCUUUGCUGCUGCUAGGAGCGGCCGCCGGGGCCUGAUUCAGGGUGGCACACGGGGUGCCUUGAAGAACCACAAUGGACACUGCCAGCCAUAGCCUUGUUCUUCUCCAACAACUGAACAUGCAGCGAGAAUUUGGUUUUCUGUGUGAUUGCACAGUUGCAAUUGGAGAUGUUUACUUCAAAGCCCACAGAGCGGUGCUUGCUGCUUUUUCUAACUAUUUCAAGAUGAUAUUUAUUCACCAAACAAGUGAAUGCAUAAAAAUACAGCCAACUGACAUCCAACCUGACAUAUUCAGCUAUUUGUUGCAUAUUAUGUACACGGGGAAAGGGCCAAAGCAGAUUGUGGAUCAUAGUCGUUUGGAGGAAGGGAUUCGAUUUCUUCACGCCGACUACCUUUCUCACAUUGCAACUGAAAUGAAUCAAGUGUUCUCACCGGAGACUGUGCAGUCCUCAAAUUUAUAUGGCAUUCAGAUCUCAACAACCCAAAAAACAGUUGUGAAACAAGGACUGGAGGUCAAAGAAGCUCCUUCUAGUAACAGUGGAAACAGAGCUGCUGUCCAGGGUGAUCACCCCCAGUUACAGCUGUCUCUUGCUAUUGGUCUGGAUGAUGGCACUGCAGACCAGCAGAGGGCCCAUCCUGUCACCCAGGCGCUGGAGGAGCACCAGAAGCCCCCAGUUUCCAUCAAGCAGGAGAGAUGUGACCCAGAAUCUGUGAUCUCCCAGAGCCACCCCUCACCAUCAUCAGAGGUGACAGGCCCCACUUCUACUGAAAACAGUAUCAAAAUACACUUAUGCCAUUACUGUGGGGAACGUUUUGAUUCCCGUGGUAACCUAAGGCAACAUCUCCAUACACAUGUGUCUGGAUCCCUGCCAUUCGGUGUCCCUGCUUCCAUUCUGGAAAGCAAUGACCUUGGUGAAGUGCAUCCCCUUAAUGAAAACAGCAAGGCCCUUGAAUGCCACAGGCUCAGCUCCUUCAUUGUUAAGGAGAAUGAACAGCAGCCAGACCACACCAACCGGGAUACCACAGAGCCUUUGCAGAUCAGUCAAGUAUCUUUGAUCUCCAAAGACGCAGAGCCAGUAGAAUUAAACUGUAAUUUUUCUUUUUCAAGGAAAAGAAAAAUGAGCUGUACCAUCUGUGGUCAUAAAUUCCCUCGAAAGAGCCAAUUGUUGGAACACAUGUAUACACACAAAGGUAAAUCUUACAGAUAUAACCGAUUCCAAAGGUUUGGUAAUGCAUUGGCCCAGAGAUUUCAGCCAUACUGUGACAACUGGUCUGAUGUCUCCCUGAAAAGUUCUCGCUUGUCACAAGAACACUUAGACUUGCCUUGUGCCUUAGAGUCAGAGCUUACACAAGAAAAUGUGGAUGCUAUCCUAGUUGAGUAGCAGCUUCUCUUUCAGAAUUUUUAUACCAAUUCUGAAAAAGAAAAUUCGCAUGGCAUUUUUUAUUCAUAAAUUAUUUUCCUCCUCAAGUUUGGUUGACUUUUUUUCUUCACAGCUUAUCCAUGGUUUUAAGGUUGUAUAUAUUAGAUCUUCUCAUAAGACAUAUUAAUAUGUGGCUAUUAAAAUGUAACAUUCAAUUACUACUGUGAACUUUUCACAAAUGAAAUUACAAUUUAGAAAUCAGAAAUCAAUGUAGAAAUAUGGAAACUUUAAAUAGUUAUUUAUAGAAUUUCUGUUUUUCCAGUUACAGAACCAGUAAUAUCAGAUUGAAUAUAAAGUAAAUGAAAUCUGUUUUAAAGCAUAUUCUAAACUAUCACUUCUGCCUACAUUUCACAUGAAUUCACUCCUACAAGGAUUAUUUUUAAAUAUUUUCUUCCAUAUAGGAAAUUAAUACUUAUUUUAGUGCAUAACUAUAUGUUAUACAUAUGUUAUAAUGUAUAAAAAUUUAUUUUAAGAUAUACCAAA